CCGAGGGAGGCCACGCCCCCAACCCUGUGGAGCCAAUGGGCGGUGCGGGCCCCGCCCCCCUCUCUGAGGGGAGCCGCCGCCAUGGCGGACUCACGGCGCAGGGACCGCGCUGGGAACACGAACAGCUCCGUGCGCUUUGGAGCGUUCCACCCUGGAACGUAAAGGCUGUGUCCGCUCCCGCGAGUUAAAUGUGCGCACCCGAACGUGCUUGUGUGUUUUAUACAUACAUUUACUACAUUUUUAUGAAAACAGAAAGAAGGCUACAUUUCCUACUCAAGAAAGAUAUUCCCAGUGAAAAUUCCAAAAGAUAGUUUGAAGAAACAAACCUAGAGCAAUGGAGAUCUUGAGAUUUGUGUCCAUGUGUGGAUCCCAAGAAGAACUAAGGAUGAGUUUAGGAACUUCAGGCAGUGCUGUUUCAUUUCUUACACUUACAGUGCGGAGACCUUCGGAAGAAAUGGCGAGGAGGGAGAGGUGGACACCUGCUCAAAGAAAACUUUGCUGCCAGGGAGAAGCUGUAACGUGGGAAAGAAUUCGUCCUCGUGCAGGAUGCUGUACUGGGAAUGACAGGCAACCAUUUGCUGUCUCACUGUCGGUGCCUCAGGAGUCAAGCUGCAUCAAGAGAGUUCUUCACAGAGCUGUUUCUAGGAACUCUUUAGUUAGAUUCUUGAAUCAAAAGGUGAAAUGUCAACCAAAGUGCCAAACAUUAAGCUGAAAAUUGAUCCUCGGGAUCUGCAGAUCCAGACGUUUACAGUGGAGAAAUUACUGGAACCGUUGAUAAUUCAGGUUACAACACUAGUGAACUGUCCACAGAAUCCUUCUAGUAAGAAAAAGGGCCGUUCCAAAAGAGCUCGUGUCUUGCUGGCUUCUGUGGAAGAAGCCACUUGGAAUCUGUUGGACAAGGGAGAAAAAAUUGCCAAAGAAGCAGCUGUGUUUAAAGAGGAACUUCAUGCAGCUCUUGCUGAUGUCAGGAAAGAGAGUCAAGCCCUGAAGGUGUCAGCAGAGGCGUUCACCAGCGAUCCCUGCUCCCUGCCCCGCAGGCAGGCCGUUGUCCCGGCAGCGCGCUCCCUGCUCGCGGCUGUCACAAGGCUGCUCGUUCUGGCCGACAUGGUUGAUGUGGUGUAUUUACUGCAGCAUUUGACUGUGUUUCAAAGAACAUUUGAAUCUUUAAGAAAUGUAUCCAGUAAAUCUGAGCUACAGAAAACCUACCAGAAGUUUCGAAAAGAUCUGGAAAAUCUGGAUUAUUUGGCAUACAAACGUCAGCAGCCUUCGCGAACGAAGAUUUGGGAAGGUUCUCCUUCGAGAAGAACAAGGACUGGUUUGAUGAAAACAAUCAAGAGAUCCAGGACUUGUUGAGGAAGAAGAGAACCACCCACCAAGCACACCUUGCACUGCCAUCCUGUCACGUAAGAAAAGCAGCCUUUCGUCUCGCAUGCAGCAAGCUCCAACAGAAACUCUGUGACAUCCAGAACAAGUGGUGGAUCGAUGUAGCAGGAAAUAUUCAAUUAUGCACAGACAUGGGUGACCACAGAGGAUUCUGUGAGGCCCUGAAAACAGCAUACGAGCCUACAUACCAGGUCCAAAGCCCUCUACUCAGCACAGACGGUCAAACGCUUCUGCCAGAUAAAACCUCCAUUCUGAAUCGAUGGUCUGAACACUUUCAGACUCUUUUCAGUACCAACUGUGUAGUUCAAGAUGCAGCUAUUUGCUCUCUUCCAGAUGUAGAGCUUUGUAUGUUUUUAUUGGUUGGAAUCAUCACCGAGUGAAGUGAUGCAUGAUUCUUAGCCAUAAUUGAAGGAGAAAAUACAUUCCCUGAUUUUCUGGAAUGUAACACGUCUGCAUAUUCUACAGAAAAAGCGAGAAUUAUAGAGGAUGCUUCCUCUGUUGAACACUAUAAAAAAGUGAUGUAUGUGCUAUUUUAA